ACAGCAACAGCUAGGAUGUUGCGAUAUCGCUGGCAGCCAAAGAUUGCUGUGGUUGCAGAGAUUCGGCUGCUUGGUUUUAACCUCUGACUAAUGUUUUUCUAGAUGUCAAAAUCUGUGGUUUCUUAUUUGGAGCUACAGUUACAGCAUACGGAGGUUGUAGUUCCCUGUCGUCUCUGCGUUUGUUUGUGUUGACGAGGGGCUGGAUCGCGCUAAAGCGUUAGCUUACUAAAAUCAUAGUUUAAUCGUAAAUGGGAGCAAUUAAAUAGCUUGACGGGCAGUUAUGUGCCAUGUAGGAGAUGCUUCACUUGACUGAGGAUGGAAAGAUAUUUUCGGGCAACGCUGCUAAACGAGUUACACGUCGGAUACAACGCACUCAACACAUUAUCUACAGAGGAUAACCUGGAUAACCUUACACGAAAUGUCAUAGCGCGUAAGUAGCUAGCACUUAGCUAGCUCGGUUACGGCUGGACGAGAUGGAGAAGGACCUAAUGUUAUCAUCAUCAUCAGCCGACCGUGAGCAGCUGGAUGGAUAGCUUAAGAAAUACUUUCUCCGGAGAUGCUUUAGCCUCCUGGGUGGUGUAAUUCACUUACAUAACAGCUAGCCGCUCUAGCUAUCACCAACUGGCUUGUGUUGGCAAGCAAAUGGGAAUAUUGCCACCAAAAAUCUGGGUUGUCUCAACAUCAUCAUAAGUGGCAAAUGCAUCAGUGCAUGUUUUGAGGCUGCAAAUAGACUUAAUUGAAGCUUUGGACCUGUAAGGUGUACAAUCUGACCUGCGUUAUCUCUCAGUGCAAUAAUUAAGUGCACAGGAAACAGGGAGCUGAUCUGCGUGUCUGCGAUUGAUCCUCCUGUCACAGAGACAACAUGAGGAAGUUCUUCGAUUCCCGUCGGGAGUUGGUGAGCUCCGGGCCUGGUUCUGGAGGAGGUGGCAGCUCUGGGUCCAGCCAUGCAGGCGCAAAUUUCGUUGGCAAAACCUUCACCGUUGGGAAGCACCAAGUCACUGUGGAGGAGAUCAUAGCUGAAGGUGGUUUUGCGAUCGUGUUCCUUGUGAAAACAAAUCAGGGGGUGCGUUGCGCCCUGAAGAGGAUGUAUGUCAACAAUGAGCAUGACCUGCAGGUGUGCGAGUGUGAGAUUCAAAUAAUGAAAGACCUCGUCGGUCACAAGAAUAUUGUCGGUUAUUUGGACUCUAGUAUCACAGCGAUGGGGUCACGGGAUGUAUGGGAGGUUUUUAUUCUUAUGGACUACUGCAAGGGAGGGCAGGUGGUCAACUUGAUGAAUCAGAGGCUGCAGACGGGCUUCACAGAGGCGGAGGUGCUGCAGAUCUUCUGUGACACAUGUGAUGCUGUUUCUCGCCUGCACCAGCGCAAGACACCUAUCAUCCACAGAGACCUUAAGGUGGAGAACAUCCUCCUGCAUGACAAGGGUCAUUAUGUGCUGUGUGACUUCGGCAGCGCAACCAACAAGUUCCAGAGCCCGCAGACUGAAGGAGUGGCCGCCGUGGAGGAGGAGAUCAAAAAGUACACAACUUUAUCAUAUCGUGCCCCUGAGAUGGUGAACCUCUACAACAACAAGAUUAUCACAACAAAAGCAGAUAUAUGGGCGUUGGGCUGUUUGCUGUACAAGUUGUGCUUCUUCACUCUGCCCUUUGGUGAAAGCCAGGUGGCCAUCUGUGAUGGCAGUUUCACAAUUCCUGACAACUCCCGCUACUCUUACGAUCUUCACUGCCUCAUUCGGUACAUGCUGGAGCCAGACCCCGACAAAAGACCAGAUAUCUACCAGGUGUCCUACUUUGCUUUUAAACAAGCUCAGCGGACCUGCCCUGUUCAGAAUGUGAAGAAUUCUCCCAUUCCUACUAAACUUCCCGAGCCAAUCAAAGCGAGCGAGGCUGCAGCAGCAAAGAAGAGCCAGAAUAAGCCCAGACUGACAGAUCCAAUCCCCACCACUGAAACCUCCAUCACCCCUCGCCAGAGGCCCAAAGCAGCCCAUACUCAGCCUGCGGCUGGCAUCCUACCCAUCCAGCCUGCUGCUCUCACUCCUCGCAAGCGGGCUAAUCUCCCUGGUGGUGCAGUUCAGCCUGUGGGAGUGAGCUUAGACCUCUCCCAGCCAGCUGCAGCUCUGCAGUCACAGAAGGCUCAGACUUCAGCUCUGCCUCUCACCCAGCCACAAAACAAUCCAAGUCACGUAGCAGUGACGCAGAAGCAGCCGGUGCAGCCAGCAGCAGCUCCUUUAGCAGAAACAGCAGCAGCAGCAGCAGUCGUGUCUCCAGUGGUCAAAGCUGAUGUCCAACCACAAGCACAGCCAACUGUCCAGCAGCAGACCACACCUCCUGCUGCCCCCUCUCAGCAGCCUGAUCAGACUCCAUCAAGUCCCGCCCCCCCUCAGCGCCCAGCUAGACGUAAGCAGCCAGGUCCAGCUCAGGGCUCACCCAGCAAAACGGCCCCGAGUCAGCCACAGGUAUCUCAGCAGCAGCAGAUAACUCAGCCAACCUCUGCUGAGAUCAGCCAAAUAACAGCUGAGAUGACUCCACCUGCAUCUCCAAAGACAACCCAAGAACGAAGCAACCAAUCCACACCGAGUGACACCACACUGAGCAGCGUUUCUGCUGACACUGCACAGCAGCCACAGGGAACUAAUGGAGAAGCUGCUCUGAACCAAUCACUUACAUCUCCACUGAGCACCGCCCAGCCUGCUGUAGGUGACGCAGCCCAGGAUCAGAGCAAAGCUGGAUCCACUAACACCCCAACACAGCCUGCAUGGAACCCAUUUGACGAUGACAACUUCCCCAGCCUUGCUGGAGAGGAAGCUAGAGCUGAUGAAGCAAAGCCUGCUGAAUUACCUGCAGAAGUUCAGACAGAACCGUCCGAGGAGCUGAUUCCAGGCCUGCAGGCAGGGGCUGUGGACAGUACAGCCCAAGAAACUGCUGAAAAACCAUCGGCUGUUGUUGAUGUGGAUUCAGGAGCUUCACUUUUGGCUGUGCCGGAUACUCUCCGUACCCUUCAGCUGUCUGAUACACCAGAGAAGCUGAUUGAAGGCCUCAAAUCUCCAGAACCGUCUUCUCUCAUGCUUCCCGACCUUUUGUCACUGUCUGAUCCCUUUGGUGGAUCAGUGGAAGAGUCGGCAAAAGACCCUCUGACAGCAGACGAUUCUCUGCUGGGCUGCUCUCUGAUCUCUGCUCCGUCCGCUCCUCCAGCAGCAGGAAGCACCACCUCCUCCAUCUCCUCUGCUCCCACCUCUGCUGCCUCCGCUUUGGAUGAUUUUAGUCUGUUGUCUGGAGACUCUGGACAGCCUAAAGACUCAUCUCUGUUGAUCUCAGACUUUGAGCCCCAGCAGGCCACUGUAGAGGCCGGUGAAGAGGACGAGUUUGAUCCCAUCCCUGUCACAGGCAGAAAGAACUCUCAAGUUUCAGGAGGCCACUCGCGCAGUAACAGUGGCGGCUCUGAAUCCAGCCUGCCCAGCUUGGCUCGCUCCCUGAUGCUGGUGGACCAGCUCAUCGACUUUAGUGCUGCUUGCCAUCCUCUGGAUGAGAGAGUAAUGGAUGGACAAAUCAUCUGUAAAAUAGACCUGCAGAGGGAGCUCAGCAGUAACACACAGCGAUCUGGUCGGACUGAGGUGUCUGUGCCAUUCAGUGAAGAGAACAAAAGUCUGAUGAUCCAGCAGAGGAUUCCUUCAUGUGUCUAUAAUAAACACGUGCUGCCAUCAGAUGAAAGGAGCUUAAAAUACCACACGUUACCAGCUGCUUCCACCGGCCUGCAGUUCAUACCUGCUAACCCAGUAUCCCAGCUCAGCUCUGUCACCUCUGAUGUCUUCCAGCUGGCCCCCUUUAAAAAAGAAAGCAAGAUGGCAUCCUCCUUUUCUUCAUCUCAUAAACCUGCUGACACAUCUGAUGUUUUUCUCCAGGCGCCAUUUAGAAAGAGGCAGGAAACCACCAAAGCUGUUUCGAGUAACACUCACAUAUUUAAGUCUGGAUCACAGCAGCAGGUCAAACACUGUCACCUGGUCCGAGCGUCUUCUUCUAAUGCUGCUGCUCCCCAGCCUCUGGGUGUUCACCCUCCUCAUCCUCUGCACCCUGAGGCCCCUCUGCUCCAGCAGCCAGUGGCUGUUCACCGGGUGGUCUCCAGGAUCGGCCAGCAGGCUGCCGUAGGUUCAGUGGCUGUGGGGCCGCUGCACGCCUGGACCAUCGGGGGAAGAGGUUUGGAUGACCCGUUUACUGCUGCACCUUUUCAGCCCAGAUGCUCUCAGGGGAAACCCUCCUGAUAAAAUCAUCGUAUCAGGCACGCAAAGUCAAAGCUUCUAUCAGAGCCAAAGCACAUUUCAGGUUUAGUGCUACCCAAAUUUCUCUCAUAGUUUGUUCCUUUCACAAUAAUAGCAGUAUUAAGACCAGUAAAAAAGUUCUACCUCAGUUAUAUGAUCUGCCUUCAGUCUGAGCACCAGUAAUGAGUCACUUUAGAACAAUAUACACAGUCUGAACUUGACUCUAUAUAAACUUUAUCUAGGGUUUCAUCAAAUGCCCGAUUUCUAUCUUUUAAAUAGACUUUUUAUUUAUUCAAGGAUUAAAAUGUAUUGUGUAUGGUUAAAAAGUAAGGUCUUUUGUACUCUGACCUUCAUAAAUGUCACUGUCAUAGACAAAUAUUUAUCAGAAAUUAAUAUCUCAUGUAUUUCUCUCAAAGUCUUUUAAAGUAUGUCGAGCAACAUGGCAGCCAUUGAAGGUCAAAACCAUGUGAAAUGUUUCAAAUGUUUGUUUAAAACUACUGUAAAUAACAGAUUGUGCCUUAAAUUUUGCAGGUUUCUCUACUGAUCAGUGUUCACUGUCUAUGCAGCAAAAGAUCAGAAAUAUUUUACUGCAAGCCAAAGAAGUAUUUUGAAAUUUAAAGUAACGGUCAAUUAUUUUUCAUCCAAUAUUAUCACUGAGAAUUUGUGGAUUUAGGAAGGAGAAACAAGUUGCAAUAAAAUUCCCAAACCACUGGUUUUUCACUAGUUUUAAAUAAAGCAGUUUAACGUAGAGAUAAUGACUUACAAUGGUUAUAAAAGUCUGCAUAUCCCUGUUAGAACGGAGAUAGCCCACAACUCUUAUAUUCACUGCAUUGUAAAAGUAGCUUGGAUUUUAUGUCUAUUAUUUGUUACACUCGUGAAAUUGUCCAUCUGUAUUUGUCCCUGACAUAAACAAGUCAGCUGAAAAACAUCAAACCAUUUAGGAGGAAUUCAUAAUUGAAAAAUACACCUGGUUGCAUAAAUUGUAGGGCUGUCAAAAGAUCCACAUUUGUUAUUGCAAUUAAUCUUAGAAAUUUGGUUGUUUAAUGAAAUUUAUCUCAUCCUUUUCAUUACAUUAUAAAAUUCCACUAUUUUGCAUUCAAAUUUUUUUGUGUGUCAUUUUUCUACCGUCUUAUCUCUCAAAUUACAGGUAGUUGACUUCCUGUCUGGAUACAGACCUGCAUUUAUGGGUCAAUUAAAGAUUUUAACAUGAACUUAACUGCAGAAAAAGGAACAUGCAAUGGAUUGAAAAGGAAAUAAGGGGACGGUGAAAAGGUAAAUGUUUGAUAACACAAGGUACAGAUGACUUUUGACUUGUCCACUGAGUUGUGAGUACUUAGGGCUUGGGCUUGUCUCUGACGGUGACAGUUCAAAAUGUUGAUCUUGAAGCCAUUCUUUUGUUGCGUUGGAUGAGUGCUUUGGGCCAUUGUCACACUGAAAGGUGAAUUCUCUCUAAGCAUGUCCCAAAUGACUUUCUUCUGUUAGUAUACUGUAUUACAGUACACAUAAAUGCAGUGCAGAGAUCUGUAUCACAGCAGAGUGGUGUUGCCCCAUAUAGCACACUGCCGUUAUGUAUUUACAGGAAAUUAUGAUGUCUGUUUUCUUUCUUUUUUCACAGAAAGAUGUAACAGAUGUAGGCGAUUAUUAUCAAAAUUUAACUGCUUUUUCGCUUAAAGAAAAUUAACUUAUUUGCCUUAAGUGUGUUUUUUGGGUUUGAAAUGUGCUGCAGUUGCAAAUUAGCAGCAGAUGCUAAUGUUAGCUAGCGAGCUAACAUGCUAACUGUACAAUAUCUGCUAUAUCAGCAAUAUGGCAUGCAAGUGUCCAUUGUUCCUCCCUCUAUUCAUGAAUGGUUGAGUGUGUGAGUAGUAUAUUGUAUUUGAGUUUGUUUCUCAGUGUGAAUGCACUUUGCACACUUAUAUACUCAAAGUAUUUAGUACAGUAGAAUGCACUAUAGGACUAGCUAAAUGCAUCAACUUUCUAUCAAUUACUAGAGGGUUUUUUUUUUUGACUGGUAUAUGGAAGUGUUAAUGCUUUCCUCCUACGUUAAAACUGCCGUUUCAGAUAAAGAAAAGAAGCCUCAAAGCAUGAAGCUGCCCUUACCAUGCUUCAACAGGGGCAUGUACUUCUUUGGCUGAUGUGCAUUAUUAUUUUUGUGUCAAACAUUCCUUUUAGAAUGAUGGCCAAAAAGUUCAACUUUGGUCUCAUCAGACUAUCACACUUUUUCCAACGUGCUCUUGGGAGACUUGACAAAAGUUUUGCAAAGUCAAGAUAGGUUGCAAGGAUAGACUACUACUAAAAAAAUAAUCCUGUAAUGCAAUAAAAGGUACCUUAACACAGUAUUAAUGAAGGGGUGUGUAUAUCUAUGCAACCAGGUUUUUGUUAUUCUAUUUUAUGACUUUCUCCUAAAAUAUUUUGGUUGUUUUCCAGUUGAUAUUUCUGUGUUAUUAGUUACAUUACAGGUUUGGAAAAGUUCUGUCAUUAUAUUUUGUCUUUAUUUUCUACAUCAUAAAAAUGUGGCAUUUUAACAGUAGGGUGUAGACUUUAUAGAGCCACUGUUAAGAUUAAUUUUGCUGCUUUAAUGCUUCAUAAUUCUUCCCAGGUGGCUGCUGCAAUCACCUAAAAAUCUGUACUAGUUCUCUUGAAAGGAUGAUGUCAAAGUGCUAAUGUUGUUUGUUGGAGUUGGUAUUUUACAUAAAACAUAUCAUGUCUUUCUGUCAGAAGGAAGAUUCUGUCAAAUACAGAAAAACAAACAUCUCCACAGGGUCAGUUUUUUAAAGUGGAUAUUAAAGUGAGAUAAAAUCUAAUAAUGCUUAUAAUUAUCCUUAAUACAGUAUGAUCAUUCUGUUAACCAUGCUGCCUUAGAUAACAGUGUUUGAUUAUAUCUGUAUCAUCUGGCUAUAGAGUGCUGCAGUGAUUUUGGAAUUGCAGGCCAACCCUGAAGUUAACAUCACGCAGGUUCUAUCGACAAAAGCCAUGUAGGUUUUUGGAUUAUCGCUGAAAUUACACCAUGUGGCAAAAACUCUUAAGGCCUUUUCAUACUGAGUUACUGGUGACUGGUUACUGCACCACUCUAUAUAGACUGGACAAGGACAACUUGUAAAGUGAUGCUUAAAAUAGUAUUUUAAUAAAAGUUCAAAAAUAUUAUCCUCUA